AUGAUGAUUAUCCACAUCAAUCUGUCGCAAGUUAUUUUAAAUCUAAAAUUAAUCGCCAGUUUAUAAUAGUAUUUUUUAAUGUAUUGAAGCUUCAUACACGGUCUAAAAUGAAUUUAAUAGCUAUUAUUUGUAGACCAUAAAGUAUAUUUUAUUUUUUAUUUGAUGCUAACUAUUCCAGACUGAGUGCGAAUCUAAAUUCCGGCAACUCGUAUUGUUCGUGUAUGAAUUGUCGAAUUUUAUUAUUUUCUUCCAUUUUUGUGUAAAAGUAUGUUAUUUUGGAAGUUUAUCAAGUUGUAGUCCCCUUUUUAUAUAGAUAAGAAGGUAUCGUUGCGAUUCUCAGUAAUGAUGUCGGAGUAUUAUGAUCAUUACCAUCGUUGGGAACCACUUGCCGAGUUUCAAUUCACAAUUCAUGAUGAUCCUGAUGAAUUUGAAGACAACUAUGUAUAUUGCCUCUGCAGUAGAGUAUUUUUGAGAGAUGGUGUAAAGACCUAUUAUGCUGAGAAAGAAUAUGCCAGUGAAAGUGAUGUAGAGGUGCUCAGAGACUCCCAGUCUCAGGAAUGGGAUGACCACUCACAUGUGCAUUUCUCAUUGGAUACAUCAUACAAGGUGAAAUGUGAGAAAGAUGAAGGGGCAAGCUGCUACUGUAGUGCAUCACAUACAGAUAACUACUGCUCCACUGAUGAGCAUGAUCCAGCACAGAUCCAUGGUGCCUCUUCCCAUGCUCUUCAACCUAGUGAUAGUGGAGCCGACCUUACAUACCAAGAUUGUCACUCUGACUAUACCCAUGAUCAAUUAGAAAAGAUGGAUCAAGAUUUCCCAUCUCAAAGUUUAUCAGAUAUCAUAGAAAACUAUUUAUCAGAAGACACAUGGGAGAAAUUUUGGGCUGUCAAUGGAGAAAGGAUAAUUUGGGCUUCAUGGAUUAAAAAGUAUAGUGACUACAUAAAUCCUGCUUAUUUAGAUCAAAAUAAUGAAUUGGUCAUGGAUGAUAAUAAUAUACCAAAGCAGCAUUCAGCAGAUCAGAUAUUUAGUAAAGAUAAAAUUACCUUGGAUACAAAUGAAGAUAGCAUGAGGGAAAGGAAAUUUUCAUAUGAUUCCAAAGUUAAUCCAUACAAGAAAAGUCGAGCAGCUCCAAUUAUUGAUAAGGGUGUUAAAAAUCCCGAUAUAGAAAAUAAAGAUGAUACAUGGUUUCCUUUAGCUAGGAAAAGAUCUUGUUCUGAACAUGAUAGAAUAAUUAGCCCCAGGACAGUAGGAGGCACAGAUUCAAUGACUAAUAUUACAAAAAUUACCCUUUCAAGUUAUGAUAUAACUUCAAGCCAUGUUACAUCCGAGUCAACACCAACUGAUGAUUACAGUGUGUCAUCUUCUACAUCAGAUGACCAAUCAAAUGAUCAAACUAGAAUUAUCAAUAUAAAUGAAAACGUAGACUCGGUGCCCUCAGAGGAAUUAGAUACAGAGCAGUACUGGCAAUUUUUAUGGAAGAAGCACUUUGGUGAACAGUAUGCUUUGCAUUAUGCAAAUUACGUUGAAUGCCAUGAUGCUCAAGGUAAAGAUUUACCUGAAAUAAAUGUUGAAAUGAUUCCAGAAGUUAUCAAGAAAAUUGAUGAAAAACCAAUUGAUAUAGAAUGUGAGAACAGUGAAGGUAACUCACAAGAGAUGCCUUCUGUGAUAGAGGUUAAAGAUGUAUUGAAUCAAAUAGAUGAAAUAAAAUUGGAGGAUAAAGUGAAAAAACCAAAGAAAAGGAAUAAGAAAACAAGCAACAGAUAUCUUGGAUCUGUUGGGGUGUUAUUACAGAAUUUACUUAAAGAAGAACAAAAGAACAGUGAUGACACUGAAGUAUUUGAGGGUGCAGAUACUGAGCAUGAUAAAGCAGAGACAGUUACAGUUGAUGUUGUGGAUGGAGCUGUAAUUUCGAGGACAUGUAUACAGCCUGAUAAUGUAACAAACUGUACACUGUAUAAUGAUGAUGAUGGUGAUGAUGAACCGCCUGAAGAGAAAUCUGUUUCAUUGAAAAGAAGUCACGAAAUUGAUGAAGAGGAAAUAGCAUCAGAGAAAGUUAAAUCUACUUUCGAAAUAAUGGGAUUCUCCACAAAUCAUAAUAAUAUUCCAAAAGGCCAACUUGUAUAUAGGAAACGGCUGGCGAGACUCCGUCCCCCGCGAUACAAAAGGUUUGGAAUGGCUAGAAAGACGUAUUUUGAUGAAGAUGGUAACCCUUGCCAGAAACAAAACAUUAUUAUUUAUCAGGCACAAGACUCAUACGAUGAACGAGUAAUGCAAACAGAUGAAGAAAUGGACAAAACAGACAUUGAAAAAAAGACCACAAAUCUCGAGUCUGAAAGUGCAGAUAUUGAAGGCACAAUUUGUAAUCUUCCUGCCAACUAUGAUGGCAGUGAUAACAGAAAGGAUGUGGUUAGCGAAGCGGCAGAAGUAGAGUUACCACCAGAUUUGGAAACUUCCUUCAGUGAUGCACAGGACAAUAAUGAUGACCAGAAUAAUGAAAGUGCUAUAGAAAGUGCAGUACUGAACACGUCGGAUACAACGAAACGGAGGAGACGAAAUAAACGCCAUUCCCGUCUAGAAGAUGCUGGUGUCGGUAUAUCUGGUAUGCCUCCCGAGCUGAAGGACGAUUCGAAGAUGUUUAAGUACUGGAAGAAAAGGCAUUCAUUGUUUCACAGGUUCGACGAGGGCAUCAAGUUGGACCGCGAGAGCUGGUUCAGUGUGACCCCCGAGCAGGUGGCACGCCAUAUCGCCACUAAAUACACGUACGAGGUAGUGCUCGACGCUUUCUGCGGCGCCGGCGGAAACACUAUACAAUUCGCAAACUUUUGCAGGAAAGUUAUAGCAGUAGAUAUAGAUCCCGCAAAGAUAGAAAUGGCGAAGCACAACGCCGAAGUAUAUGGGGUGGCCGACCGCAUAGAGUUUAUAGUGGGCGACUUUUUCGAAUUGGCACCAACAUUACAAGCCGAUAUGAUCUUCCUUAGCCCACCAUGGGGAGGACCUACUUACUCUAAAAGUUCUUCAUAUGAUUUGGAAACAAUGUUAGAACCUAAACCCGCAUCGGAGUUGAUCGCGACCGCGCGAACUAUAUCAUCCAAUAUAACUUUGUACGUGCCAAGGAACACUAGAUCUGAUCAGUUGCUGUCGCUGGCAAAGACAAUUGGUGGUUCUAUAGAGCUGGAGCAGAGUUACCUCGAUAGGAGAUUUGUUGCAAUUACGGCUUACUUCUAUAGUAAUUAGCAAGCUAAGAAAAUUCAAUUAUCAAUUGAAAACUAUUGCAAUAUAUCUGCGUUCUAUUUUAAUUAUUGUUCAGUGUUUUCUAAUCUACAGGAGUUAAAUACUUUUAAUUGUAACGCUUAAAUUGCCUGUUUUUAUGGCAAAGUAAUUUCAGUACGCGUUUGAAGUUUUAAGAUUUAGAAUUUAAUUGCCAUGUUGCAAUGUAACAUUAUAAGGUACACCAGUGGCAAUAUAUUCCGUUCAUGUUUAUAGACGACGGUUACCACAUACCAUCAGAUGAACGGGCAACUUAUUUGUCAUUGCUAGUCAUAGAAAAUAAAGGCAGGUGUUUGUAAAAUUAAUAUUAUAAGAUGUGGAAUCGGGCGUUACUUUUUUUAGGUAAUUAAAAUCAUACACCUAAUUAUGUAUUCUAUUGUCACAUUGUAGCGUAUUAUAUUGUGUCAUUGAAUCAAAAAAGCAUGCAUGGACACCCAAUACUAUACGUAACGACUUAUUUUGUGAUUAUUUAGAGUAAGUUACGUUAAAUUACAGGCUGCUGUUAGAGAUUCACUUCAAUGAUUCUAAAGUCUAUGCCUCAACUCGAAUUAACAUGUAUUACUAUAGAUCAAACAAUAUGUAGUUCACUGUAUUUUGUGAAUGUUUAUGUUUACUCACUCAUGUAGGUACAGCAAUAAAAAUAUAUAUUUUAAGACGAACCGCUCAAAAUAAUUAUUUUAAGACACCUUUAUCUAGUGUUGUAUAACUUAUUAGUGUUAAAAUGAGUAUAGACAUUUUGAAUAAAGAAUUUACAAAAUAUUAUUUAGCUACUCACUAGGCAAUCAGACAAAAGUUGCUAGAUUUAAUAUUUGAAGAAAUUAUGACAAAAAAUUAUAAUUUUCAAAUGAAUCUGAAAUUAUACCUAUAUGUUAAUCUGUUUAUAAAAGCAGAUCUCGAAUUAUAAUACGAAUUCUUAUUACAUUGACAUGCUAUAAUUAAAAAUGUUAAGUAGAUAAUACAGUAACAUUCCUAACUGUAUAUUUUUUAUCUAAGUAAUUAUAUACUUACUAUUUAUUGUAAAAGUCAAAUAAUUAGUGCAUUUAAGUAUUGUUAUAAGUAAAUGUGCAACUUAAUAUUUUAGGGCUGCAAGUAAACUUAUUUUCUAAAAUCUUAAAUUUCAAGAGGAAUUUUAAUUAAAUUCCAUUUUAAUAAUGGUUUAGGCUACUUUGGAUUUCUGCUCACAUGCAGACUGUUGCAUUUGUUAUGUAUGUAUCCAUUCAAACUUAUCUAUGUAUGAAACCACUGACUAAAUUGUUACUGUGUAUGAAGAGUAAAUGUAUUUAAUAAUUUGACAAGUAUAUAAACAUUUAUUAGGUUGUAAGUCUGAUUUUUUUAUUGCAACAUUUUUUAUAUUUGAGAAGGUAUGAUUGUCACUUUCCACUAAUGACAUCCCUAAUAAGGGUAGUAUUAGCAAUCGUCAGUAAUGCUACUAUCCCAGCCCAAAGAUAAGUGACCAUUAAACAAAUUAAAAUGUUUUCAUUAUUGUAUUGCUAGAAGGAACAAAAUGCUGGACAUAGUUAUUUUGUUUCAUCUUAACAGGCGAUAGUGGUAAUGUAUCUAUUGACAGAUUUGUUAGCAACUGUUUAUGAUGAUUGAUUGCAGGCAACAAACAUACACAGAUAAGUUUGUGUAUAUUAUGAUUGUAUAGUGAAUUUGUAGGUCGUAUUGUGAUUGUAUAAAUGUUGUGAUCUCUGUAAAUAUCUGUUAAUGAAAAUAUAUGAAACUUAUGAAAUCUAAUUGUUUUUAAUAAUUUUAAAAUUUACCUACAUAAUAUAUACAUAUAUAGAUUUUGUAGUGCUGUUGGUACAGAUACAGGUUGUUUUUUUUGUUGAGAAUUUUAUUUUUAACUGACUUAAAAGAUUCUCAAUUCAGUUAUAUAUUUUUCAUGUUUGUUACCUCAUAAUUAUGUCAGUUUUAAAUAAUUUGGAAAAUUAUUUUUUUAUCUGUUCUGUGUAGGAUAAAUUUACAAUUUAGUCCCAUUGAAAUUUAA